AUGUCGGACUAUGGAACGGAGCUCCUGCGACGGCAGCUAGCUGAUCUCGCGAAAAACCCAAUCGAUCUGGUGUCGGUUGGUCUCGCCGAUGACAGCAAUGUGUACGACUGGGAGAUCUUGAUCAUGGGACCCGAUGGGACUCUGUAUGAAGGGGGUUUCUUCAAAGCUAGACUUGUCUUUCCUUCGGACUUUCCCAACAUGCCUCCCACCAUGACCUUCACCUCCGAAAUGUGGCACCCCAAUGUCUACGCCGAUGGACGAGUUUGCAUUUCCAUUCUUCAUCCGCCUGGUGAGGACGAAUACAACUCACAGGAAAGCGCCGACGAACGCUGGAGGCCCAUCUUGGGGGUGGAACAGAUCCUAAUGUCGGUCAUCUCCAUGCUAUCAGAUCCCAAUGACGAGAGUCCAGCAAAUCUCGAUGCCGCCGUAAUGUGGCGAAAUGACCGUGCCGCAUUCAAGAAGAAAGUGCGACAAGUCGUUCGAAAAAGUCAGGAGGAAUGCUAG